CAAGCGAUUCACAUCAACAAACGAGAAAUCAGAGUGAAAUUUGCAGAAUAAUUGAUUUAAACGCAGAAAUAUACAUAAUCUCGAUGUGAAAACAGGUUCAGAUAUCAUCGCGAAAUCAGGAAUUAUUAGAGUUAAGGUCUUAGAAGGGCUAAAAAAAUGGUAAACUACCUGAAAUUCGGUUCCAUUGUUCAGCUCGUAAUUAUCAUUCAACAAAUUCACGAAGGCGUUCAUGCAUAUGGCUAUUCGAUUGAACUGGGUCUCAAUACGCCGCUCGUGGUGAAUAAUUAUCUCCGAUUGACGGGAACUCUUAUGCGAAAUGGCAAAAUUGCCGAAAAGGAUGAUGCGAGACGGAUUCACAUCUUCUUGGAUGAUCGAGAAGUGCAAGCCUUUGAUUCUGCUGAAUCGCAGUUUUCUUUGAGUCUUGAAGCGGGUAAAGCUCCUUUGCGGAUCGGAGCUCAUAGUUUGCGGGUCGUAUGGAAACAAUUUACGAUCGGAAGAAUGUUUGAAAUCACGCUGGCAGCCACAAAUACGGUAGUUAAUGUAACAGAACUCUUUACGGGAAGCAUGGUUAUUCAGCAGGAAGGACUUACGAGAGAUACGAAAUUUGUAUCUGUCGAACAACCGGUGACGCACAUGAUAAAUAUCUCCGAUACGGACAUGGCUGUAUUGAAAAACGCCUCUUACUACGAAGUUUAUUGGUUUUUGAACUGUAAAUAUAUCGGAAUGACCAACACGUUGAGUCUAACGAUGAUGUAUGAAGGCGAUGAUGAGAGUUUUGAGAUGCAGGCGCUCAUUGUUUCAUCGCCAGAUCCUUUACCUGAGCCAACAACUACUACAACAACAACUACGACGACGACAACGACUACAACUACAACUACGACAACAACUCCUUCAACUACGACAACUUCUUCUACGACUACAACUACAACUCCGAAGCCGACAACUACGACGACGCCUGUAACUACUUCAACAACUCAUAAAAUAGCAAAAAGAGACAUUGAAGUAGAUCCCAAAGCAGCGCUCGAGCAACAAACGGAGGUCAAAAAUAUCUUAAACAUCACCGGAACUCACAAAAUGCACGGAUUAAUCGUUUCUCAACUGCAUGAUGUUCAAUUAGACGAGGAUUUGCCUUAUGUGUGCAUGAAUAAGAGCAAUAUAGCACCCGAUCCGAAAAAAACUUAUGGACUUUUUUCGCGAACAAUUCUGCCAAGACAUCCAAUUCACAACGUCACAAUAACCGGUAACAAUUGGAUAAAGCACGGCGAAAUGCUUAAUUUGAAUUUCAAGUGUGCCGGAAAACCGUCUCCCGGCUUCUUCGAAUGCAUCAACUUGUACGACGGCAUUCACAAUGUCACGGAUAACGAAACGUGCAAAGGAGCGCCCUCAAAAACGGAUCAAUGUGAUGUCUCGUUCCAGCAUUAUUACGGAGAUCAGGAGAAACAUACCGUCGUUGUGAUCAUUUGGAAUGACGUUUCGCGUCAAGUUGCCAGAACUGUCGUUAAUAUCUACAAAGUAACAUCACAUUCCCCAUUAUCCGUCAUCGUCGUUCCCAUUUCCUUCGUCUUGCUUGCUGUGAUUCUGGUCAUCUUCGGUAUCGCUUACUACAUCCAAAACCGUAAUCGUUACCUCGUGGAGGUAGCUGACUUCAAUUUUGGCGACACACAAUCGAUUGAUAUGGAGUACAAGACAUUCCGUCAAAGACUGUUGGAGAGCAUGAUCGAUACUUUUAGUAAUUUACGGCCCACACGACGUCACGACAUCGAUGAGUCAGGACAUGAUGAUCCAGAUUCGUCGCUGAGGUAUGGCUCGAUGACAUAAAGGAACCCAAAAACACAAAAAAAAAUAACACGGGGAGAUUUUUGGUCCAUUUUUUUUGUUGGGAAAGACUGUGAUUUGAUCGAUUCUCUAAAAAAAACAAAAUUAUUUUGAUUUUAUUACAUUAAGAAACUGAUUUUUCGUAAGACUUAGGGCAAAAUUUAGUAAUUUCACGAUUAUGAGAUGAACAGGAAGCCAAAACAAACAUUAAAUUAUUAUUAUUAUGUAUUUCAUAUAGAACCAUAUCAAGAAAAUAAUCAAAACACUAACAUUCAAUAGUCAUUACAUACAAAUUUUUAGAUUCAAAAUGUAUGUAGAUAUGAAAAGUUUAAAAAAAUUGUUGAAAAUUUUCUCAGAUACAAACUAAAAAUAUAUUGUAUGAUACAAGAUACAUUUACUAAAUAU